UCCAGACACUAGUGGAGUGGAGGCGUAUUUGGAGCGGUAACGGUGACACGCUCGGCCGCUGUGGGCAUAAAUAUACCACCGCUGCUGCUGCUGCUGAAGCACACUGUGCACUUACGGUAACCGGGGGGACUGCCAGGCGACUGGGGGGCAUAAAUGGCCACAGCAUUUGCAAAGAGAAGACGCUGCCCGUGAGACAACCUGUGAACCAAAUGCGCCCUGGAAAUUAGGACGCGCAUUUGCCGUCUGCUACGUUUUUCGUAUAACGGAAGUUUCCGUGACCGAUUUUGGGGCAUCUCGAUUAAUAGGCUGCAAUCAUGGACGAGGACAAUCAAGUCCCCGAGGACCUGUCUGUGGAGGAAAGAGAUGAGCUGUCGAACAUACGGCGCAGGAAAAAAGAGCUCCUCGAUGAUAUUGAACGGCUGAAGUGUGAGAUUGCAGAGGUAAUGACAGAGAUCGAGCAGCUAACCUGUGUGGGAGAGAGCAAAACUACACAAAGAAACAAACAGAUUGCCAUGGGAAGGAAAAAAUUCAACAUGGACCCUAAAAAGGGGAUCCAGUUUCUUUUAGAGAAUGACCUUCUCCAGAACACCCCAGAAGACAUUGCACAGUUCCUCUACAAAGGCGAGGGGCUCAACAAAACAGUCAUUGGGGACUACUUAGGAGAACGGGAUGAUUUUAACAUCAAAGUCCUGCAGGCGUUUGUGGAGCUUCAUGAGUUUGCAGACCUCAACCUUGUACAAGCCUUAAGGCAGUUUCUGUGGAGCUUCAGACUUCCUGGCGAAGCCCAGAAGAUUGAUCGUAUGAUGGAGGCAUUUGCCUCCAGGUACUGCCAAUGCAAUCCAGGCGUCUUCCAGUCCACAGACACUUGCUACGUCCUAUCGUUUGCCAUCAUUAUGCUGAACACCAGCCUGCACAAUCCCAACGUCAGAGAUAAGCCCCCUGUGGAGCGCUUCAUCUCAAUGAACAGAGGCAUCAAUGAGGGGGGAGACCUCCCAGAGGAGCUACUCAGGAAUCUAUAUGACAGCAUCAAGAGCGAACCCUUUAAGAUCCCAGAGGAUGAUGGGAAUGACCUGACGCACACGUUUUUCAACCCAGACAGAGAGGGCUGGCUGCUCAAAUUAGGGGGCCGAGUGAAAACUUGGAAGAGAAGGUGGUUCAUCCUGACGGACAACUGCCUUUAUUACUUCGAAUACACAACAGACAAGGAGCCUCGUGGGAUCAUCCCACUGGAGAAUCUCAGCAUCAGGGAGGUGGAGGAGCCCAGGAAACCAAACUGUUUUGAGCUGUAUAACCCCAAUCACAAGGGUCAGGUGAUCAAAGCCUGCAAGACAGAGGCAGAUGGGCGUGUUGUUGAGGGCAACCAUGUGGUGUACAGGAUAUCUGCACCCACGCCGGAGGAGAAAGAGGAGUGGAUUAAAUCCAUCAAGGCUAGCAUUAGCAGAGACCCCUUCUACGACAUGCUGGCCACCAGGAAGAGACGCAUCGCCAACAAGAAGUGAGGAUGGGUAAUCUUCUCGACCUCCAGUCCUGCCAUCUUUCUCUCCUUCACUUCAUGAACACAUAGCCACACACGGUAAAGCUAGUUCCCCACAGAAGAGACUGCUGACCUCUGAAAAGCCUCAGUUUCUCCCCUGGACUAUCCAAAAGUCAUGCACUCUUGCUGGAGACACAUCACACGCUACUGAGGGGACAGUAGCACUCCAGGAAAGUCAGAUAUGUGGACUUCGCUUCUGCAUGGAGCAGCACAUGAACAACCAACCAGUCGGUUUGUUUAUCCCCGAUCUCUCACACACCUCCUACCUUCCCCUCUCAUGAUCAUAACUUUUCUUAUAUUUUUCCCUAAAGCACAACUGCCAUGUUUCAGGUGCAUGCAUGUGGGUUAAACAGUGUGUGUGUCUGUGUGUAUGCAGCAUGCUAUCAGUGCACUCAGAAUCUACAGUGUGGGUGCUACAAGCACUCCCUCCGCUGCGCUUUAUGAAAAAGUCAUAGUAAUUCAAAAUGAGAGUUCAGAUGUGUGGUCAGCUACAUGCGGCAUGACUGUCAAA